GCCCGACUCUCGCCCACGUGGCUCCGCUCGGGUGAAGAGCUACUGCAGUUACCCAGGCUUAGGAAGCGGAGGAUAAAGCCAGGAGUUACCGGGCUCGUGAGCACGCCCGGUCCUUUCCCUGAGGCAAUGAAAGCGACGCACGACGGACUCUUCCCCGCUGACUGACCUUCCGCCCCCGGGUCUCCUCAGCCCGGAUAGUCCGCGAGCCCGUCCCCCUCCCGCUAGUCGUAAAGUGCAGUAAAGGCAUCAGCGUUUUGCGACACCGUAGGUGAGAUCGGCGGCGUGGGUCCUUGCUCUGCGCGGAGCCGGCGCGUUGGCGGUUGCUUCUGCGGAAAGCCGGCGGUUGGAAGUUUGGAGAGGUCAGGGAACUAGCUACGAUUCUCUCAGCGGAUACUUGGCUGCUCCUAGUCUCUCUCCUCCCGACGUUUGAAAUGCUUUAUCUCAUCGGCUUGGGCCUGGGAGAUGCCAAGGACAUCACAGUCAAGGGCCUGGAAGUUGUUCGACGCUGCAGCCGUGUGUACCUGGAAGCCUACACCUCAAUCCUGACCGUAGGGAAGGAAGCCUUGGAAGAGUUUUAUGGAAGAAAAUUGAUUCUUGCUGAUAGAGAAGAAGUGGAACAAGAAGCAGAUAAUAUUUUAAAGGAUGCUGAUAUCAGUGAUGUUGGGUUCCUUGUGGUCGGUGAUCCGUUUGGGGCUACAACACACAGCGAUCUUGUUCUAAGAGCUACAAAGCUGGGAAUUCCUUAUAGAGUUAUUCACAAUGCCUCCAUAAUGAAUGCUGUAGGAUGCUGUGGUUUACAGUUAUAUAAGUUUGGAGAGACAGUUUCUAUUGUUUUUUGGACAGACACUUGGAGACCAGAAAGCUUCUUUGACAAAGUGAAGAAGAACAGACAAAAUGGCAUGCAUACAUUAUGUUUACUAGACAUCAAAGUAAAGGAGCAGUCUUUGGAAAAUCUAAUGAAGGGAAGGAAGAUCUAUGAACCUCCGCGGUAUAUGAGCGUAAACCAAGCAGCUCAGCAGCUUAUGGAAAUUGUUCAAAAUCAGAGAAUACGAGGAGAAGAACCAGCAAUUACCGAGGAAACACUUUGUGUUGGCUUAGCCAGGGUUGGAGCUGAAGACCAGAAAAUUGCAGCAGGCACUUUACAGCAAAUGUGUACUGUGGACUUGGGAGAACCACUGCAUUCCUUGAUCAUCACAGGAGGCAGCAUACAUCCACUGGAGAUGGAGAUGUUAAGUCUGUUUUCCAUACCAAAAAAUAGCUUAGAAUCUCAAAGCAUUGAUGGACUCGGAACAUAGACAUUUUCUAUUGUCUGAUGUAAAUUUCAGCCAUGUAUGGAUUGAUAUGGUUUGAAUUUUAAUCCCCAUAAUCUCCAGGUGUUGUGGGAGGUAAUUGAAUCAUGUGGGCAGUUUCCCCCAUGCUGUUCUCAUUAUAGUGAGUUCUCAUGAGAUCUCAUGGUUUUAUAAGCAUCUGGCAUUUCCCCUACAGACUCUCAUUCUCACUCUUUCCUCCCUGUGAAGAGGUGCCUGUUGCCAUGAUUGUAAGUUUCCUGAGGCCUUCCCAGCCAUGUGAAACUGUGAGUCAAUCAAACCUCUUUUAUAAUUACCCAGUCUUAGGUGUUUCUUCUUAGCAGCAUGAGAAUGGACUGAUACAUGAUGCAUGCAUGCUUGUGUAACAGAUCUUUGGCUUGUCUAAUAAGUAUAAAACAAAUGACCAAAAAGAAGCUGACUCAACAAUGCUUUGUUUCCUGUGGCAGUGAGUUUUUUCCCUAUGAUAUCAUCAGUUGUUGCUACUAUUCUGGCAACUUUUCUGGAUGUACACAUGUAUAGCAGACCAGGCUGGAAAGCUUGUGGAUAGACAUCCAUUGACAGAAUCAUUUAAGAACAGUUUUUAUUUAAGAAACCAAUUUAUACAAGGUGGUUGUUAACAGAAUAUAACUUAGAGGUAACUGGAAUUUGAAUCACUUGAAUCUCAGUUUUAAACGGUAAAAAAAUAUUAUGAGUGCCAACAAAAGCAAAUAAAAGAUUAGUAAAUGUUCA